AGAGGAACAAAAAUGAAGACAGCUCUCUUAUGUCUCCUCACGACUCUCCUAAUCUCCACCACAGUCUCCACGGUGAUGCGUCUCGAGAUGGCUCACAGAGACACUCUCUUCCCUAACACUCUACGUCGCAUUGACACCAUCAUCGGCUCGGACCAGAAACGCCACAGCCUCAUUUCUCAUAAACGGACAAGUGGAGCAAAGCUGACUCUGAGAUCAGGCUUCGACUACGGAGCAGCUCAGUAUUUCGCCGAGAUCAGAGUCGGAACUCCGGCGAAGAGGUUCAGAGUGGUGGUGGACACAGGGAGCGAGCUGACGUGGGUGAACUGUAGGUUCCGAGGGAAAGGCAAAAAAACAGAGAACCGUCGAGUGUUUAGAGCAGAGGAGUCUUCGAGUUUCAGCAAGAUUGGAUGUUUGACACAGACUUGUAAAGUUGAUUUAAUGAAUCUUUUCUCCCUCUCUAGCUGCCCUACUCCUUCAACUCCAUGCUCAUAUGAUUACAGAUACGUGGACGGGUCAGCAGCACAAGGCGUGUUCGGAAAGGAAACAUUCACAGUUCGUCUCACCAACGGUCGUGUCGCUAGACUCCCUGGUGUACUCGUAGGUUGCACCAACUCCUUCACUGGAGAUAGCUUCCGUGGAGCUGAUGGUGUGCUUGGUCUAGCCUUAAGUGAUUACUCAUUCACUUCCAAAGCCAGUGAUGUCUUUGGUGGCAAAUUCUCUUACUGCCUCGUUGACCAUCUCUCCAACAAAAACGUCUCUAACUAUCUCAUCUUCGGCUCUGCCUCCUCUGACACUAAACUCAACGCUACACGAACCACACCGCUUGAUCUCAAUGUUAUCCCUCCCUUCUACGCCGUCAACGUCAUUGGACUCUCCCUAGGAGAGACCAUGCUAGACAUCCCCUCACAAGUAUGGGACGCAACGAAAGGUGGUGGGACUAUAUUAGACUCAGGAACAAGCCUCACGUUUUUAGCUGACUCUGCGUAUAAAGCUGUGAUCUCGGGGCUUGAGCGUUACCUUGUUGGGUUGAAGAGAAUCAAACCAGAAGGUUUACCAAUAGAGUAUUGUUUUGAUACCACGUCAGGGUUCAAUGAGAGUAAGCUACCGCAGCUGAUGUUUCAUUUCAAGGGCGGUGCGCGUUUUGAGCCGCAUCGUAGAAGUUACCUAGUAGAUGCGGCGCCAGGAGUCAAGUGUUUAGGGUUUGUGUCAGCGGGAGAGCCGGGGACUAAUGUCAUUGGGAAUAUAAUGCAGCAGAAUUAUUUGUGGGAGUUUGAUCUUGUCGCCUCAACUUUGACUUUUGCUCCUUCUACCUGUCUUUAGCUGUUUUUUUUCUCUCUUUGUGGUUAUUACGUUGAUUUAAUUGGCCAUUAUGUUUGUUAAUUGUUAGUGAAUAUUUAUAAACAUGUUCGUUACAAACGUUGAAAUAUAUGCCAUAUUAAUC